ACUUCCUGAUGUCAACAAUAAUGAGGUCACCCAUGACUUGGCACUGGGAAAACCUAUUGACUUUUAUGAUAAAGUCCGGAUCAUAUCACAAAAUAUUCAAGAAGAAUAUGUACAUUCUCAUGAGUAUGUCCUGCUAAGUAAGACGGGUCCAUAUCAAAUUUCAUAAGCCUCGAGGAAAGAUUGGUGUCUUGUGGAUUCCAGCCAUUGAAGAAUGUCUGUCCCAGAGGAAAUAGAGUCAUGUGGGUGGUACCACCCGUUUGUCACCAGACACAUAGCAGAGAGCAUGCUACUGGCCAACGGUAAAGAUGGCACAUACCUCAUCAGAAACAGCUCCAAGGCUGGGGAGUUUGUCCUAUCAAUUAGGUGCAAAGACUCGGUCAAACACUUCCCACUGGUCAUAGAGGAUGGAUGCUACAAGUUUGGGAUGGGAUCUUUCUCAAGCAUGCAAGAUCUUGUCGAGCACUUUGCCAACCAGCCACUCAUAGGAUCCGAGUCAGGUGUUUUAACAGUUCUAAAAUAUCCCUACCCAAGGAAUGUGGAUGAGCCUGCAGGAACCUAUGAUACUAUAAAGGUUCAUGCGGAGUUUCCGAACAGAAAGCAACUGUCCUUAGAAGAAAAACCAGACUUUACUGUUGCUUCGAAGGAAGGAUAUCUCACAAAACAAGGUGCCAUAGUCAAAAAUUGGAAGACGCGGUGGUUUGUGCUGCAAAAGUAUGAACUAAAAUACUUUAAGGAGCGAGAAAAUAAGAAUCCGAUUAAAGUUUUAGACCUGCAUGAGUGUACGGGUUGUGAAACUGUUCAGUUGUACGAAAAUCGUGACAAUUGCUUUCGGAUAGUGUUCCCACAACGCAUAUUCUACAUCUAUGCCGCCUCACAAGAGGAGAUGAAGGAAUGGGUGGAACUUAUCACAUGGAAAUUGAAUCACAUCACAAAGGAUUCCAAUGAUAGUGACAAAGACACGAAGGACACAGCAGAAAACAAGUCUUCAUGACCAGAAUAACAUCUCUCAUCUAUACUUGGUAUGGAUAUGCUUGUUUUCAACCAUAUGAGGACAAAAAAUCGAUUGAUUAGGACACAAAGAGCUCCCGAUGUAAUGUCGAAAGGCAAAAGGGAUAAGCAUAAUUAUUGCAGGAAACUUCACAGAAGCAGUGCUAAAACCUUUGGGGAAACUGUGGCCAGUGACUGGUUCGAAACUGUGACUUGCAGAAGCUAUGGAGGAACAGGAAAAUCAGAAAAGCAGGUUUACACAAGAAAGGAACCAAUGCAUUUUUCAAUAUCUUUCCUGAUAAAUAUCCCAGACCCUAGGAAUAGAACCAAAUUUAGAAUGGACGUUUUUACAUAGGUGUAAUGUAAAUUUUAAGAAAUAAAGCAGGGGGCUUUGACUACCUCUUUCAAAGGUACCUACCAUGUUCAUUUUGUAGGCACUGCACACAACAAACUUGUUGCUACUUCUCCAUUUGUUCAUGCAAUGUGAUAGAAACAUUUCUCCACCAGAAAAACUAUAUUAUAUUUCACGA